UUGUGUGUGCGGGUCGACCAUAGAAGGGCUGAACCACAGACCGCGGUGGGACACAAGCACAGAGGGAGCGAGACAGACAGAGACAUCGACACGCACCAGGAACGCGCGUGUGUGUGUGUGUGUGAGAGAGUGAAAGAGUGCAGCGUGCUCUGACAGUGUGGACGACUGAAGCUCCUGCCAGUAGAAGAAGGUCUCCACUGGAUCUAAAAAGACCAACUUGGUUUGAGAAAAACCCGAUUUGGCUUUGCAGCAAACAACGCCGACACCUCCCUCACAUUUCCAGCCGUGGAUGUGCAAGAAGCGUGGGUUGUUAUGUUUCAAAAGGAGUCAGGACAAACACUGGACCAGUCAACUGUGACAGCAAUGCCUACCAACAAGUACUCUGCUACACUCAUGGAGGAGCGCAACAACAUGACUGCUACUGCGGCAGUGAAUGGAGACACGCCUCCAGCAGAGGGCCUGUCGGAGAACAACAGCGGUGUGGCGCUGACCAAUGAGAACAGCCCGCUGACCGCGGCUGAACCGCCGUCCCCCUUCAGCCCCAAACAGAAUGGAGAUGCUGCCUCGCCUCAAGACGAUAACGAGAGUUUGAGGGGAAACAGGAAAAGGAGCAGGAAGAGGUCAGAGGAGGAGGAAAGCACCUGGGACUCCUCCUGCAUUGAGGAAAAGGAUUCAGGAGCAGCUCAGUCGGGUCUAAGACAAAGACCUCCACCCAGAACCAUCUUUCAGGCCGGACUGAACCCGCACGCACUCAACAAGCCUCGCAGACAGAAUCGCAAGCAGGAGCACGGCCUGUUACUGUGCGUUGGUGGUCCUCGUGUCCUGGCGGUCAUGUCUGGCAGCGUCCCAGAGGCGCCCCGUCUGGAGCUGAUGGAACAAGACUCCAAAGACUCGGCGCAGAGCAGCAGCAGCACCUCGUUAAGCUCUGAAACUCAGCCAGAGUACAAUGACAACAAGGGAUUUGGCAUCGGUGAACUGGUAUGGGGCAAGAUCAAGGGUUUCUCCUGGUGGCCCGGCAUCGUGGUGACGUGGCGGGCGACAGGCAAGAGGCAGGCCAGCUUGGGCAUGAGGUGGCUGCAGUGGUUUGGAGAUGGCAAAUUCUCAGAGGUUUCUGCAGACAAACUGGACUCCAUCAUUGCCUUCCCCAAAUUCUUCAGCCAGACGUCUUACACCAAGCUGGCUUCUUACCGCAGGGCGAUCUUCCAGGCUCUAGAGAUGGCCAGUAUCCGGGCAGAGCAGACGUUUCCCCCCUGUGAGUCAGACAGUCCAGAGGACCAGGUCAAACCCAUGCUGGACUGGGCUAAUGGGGGCUUCCUGCCCAAAGGAGAGGAGGGACUCAAACCCACACACAGCGCUGAAAGUAAUCCUCUGGACCACCAGGUCCUUGACGUCUCACUGCCAGAUUAUUUCCCCAGUGCAAAGCGGCCCCGAGUCAACCUCUGUAAAAACAAGGCCACACCGGAGGAAUCCUACAGCAGAGAACAAAUGGUGAAUGAAGUUCUGAAGAAUAAUUGUAGUAUAGAAGAGUUCUGUGUCUCCUGUGGGAACGGGAGAGCAGCUACUUUCCACCCGCUGUUUGAAGGAGGCCUGUGCCAAACAUGCAAGGAUGUGUAUCUGGAGAUGUCCUACAUGUACGACGAUGACGGCUACCAGUCUUACUGCACCAUUUGCUGCGGUGGUCGAGAGGUUCUGCUCUGUGGAAAUGCCAACUGCUGCAGGUGUUUCUGCGUGGACUGCCUCGACAUCCUGGUCAAUCCAGGAACAUCGAACAAUGCUCGCUAUCAGGACCCGUGGAGAUGCUACAUGUGUCAGCCACUGCUGCAGUAUGGCAUCCUUAAACGCCGCCAUGACUGGAGUCUCAAGCUGCAAGAGUUAUUCGCCAACGACUACGGACAGGAGUUUGAGAAACCAAAGAUUUACCCAGCUGUCCCUGCAGAGCAGAGACGACCAAUCAGAGUUCUGUCCCUGUUUGACGGCAUCGCCACAGGCUACCUGGUUCUGAGGGAUCUGGGUUUUAAGGUGGACCAGUACGUGGCGUCUGAGGUGUGUGAGGACUCCAUCUCUGUGGGCGUAGUCCGACAUGAAGGAAAGAUCCAAUAUGUCCAUGAUGUCAGGAACAUCACCAAGAAGAAUAUUCAAGAGUGGGGCCCAUUUGACCUGGUGAUAGGAGGAAGUCCCUGCAACGACCUCUCCAUAGUCAAUCCUGCAAGGAAAGGCCUCUAUGAAGGGACAGGGAGGUUGUUUUUCGAGUUCUACCGUCUGCUGAGCGAAACCAAGCCCAAAGAAGGAGAGGACCGGCCGUUCUUCUGGAUGUUUGAGAACGUGGUCGCCAUGGGCGUCAAUGACAAGAGGGAUAUCUCACGAUUCCUGGAGUGUAACCCUGUCAUGAUCGAUGCUAUUGAGGUUUCUGCUGCUCAUCGAGCCCGAUACUUUUGGGGAAACUUGCCAGGCAUGAACAGGCCUCUGUGCGCCUCUGGGAUGGACAAGCUAGAGCUGCAGGACUGUCUGGAACAUGGCAGAGUUGCAAAGUUUGGAAAAGUUCGGACCAUCACCACUCGCUCUAACUCCAUCAAACAGGGUAAAGACCAACAUUUCCCUGUGCUGAUGAACGGGAAGGAAGACAUUCUGUGGUGCACUGAGCUGGAGAGGAUCUUUGGCUUCCCGGUUCACUACACAGACGUGUCCAACAUGGGUCGUGGAGCCCGACAGAAGCUCUUGGGCCGGUCCUGGAGCGUCCCUGUCAUCAGGCAUCUGUUCGCACCACUCAAAGACUACUUUGCCUGUGAAUAGAAGAAACAUCCAUUACUAGCACAACCGAUGCCACCGGUGAACACACACACCAGCUUUGUGAUACUGGCUUCCAGAAACACCCCGUGUUCAGAUCUGGCAUUCACUCUGUCACGCAGCCAGGUCUCAAGUAGCUGGUAGAAUAGUGAGGGUCGCCGUUAUAAUGCACUAUAGCCUUAAAGACACACUAACACAGACAUACACAAUUGCAGCAUCUCAGCUGUGAGUUAUCACUGUAUCCGACAAAGUGAGACUCAAAGGUUAGGUGAAAGUGUCACUGACCAUAUCUUCUGUAACCGAGGCCAAUAAGGUGCUGAGCCUCAGGGUUAAAAGUUAAAGAAUGCUCAAAUGUUCAUUAAAAUGCCAUUUGAAGGCAUUCUUUUUUUAUUUUUUAUUUGACAAGACUUUCUUGCUGUAGAAAAAUAGAUAACAGCACAACUGUGGCUCAGUAUCACACAUUUCAGACAUACCUCAUCGCCACUUCAGUAAUGAUGAUGGUGAUUUAAGAGUGUGACAGGCAGGGUGCUGACACACACUGAACAAAAACACUUAAAGCUCGGUUGAACCAAAGUUACACAACGGACAGCUGAAGUCUUGCUCCCUUCUUUAGGCAGCCUGCUGUUCCACUAGAGGGUAUUUGCUGUGGUCUUUUUAAUACAACCAAUUUUCUAUUUAGUUACAUCUUACUGAUCUUUCAAAGAUACCGUACCCCAUAAGUCUUAGCAAAAGAAAUAUCCCCUCAAAAACGGCUCAUGGGAGCUCCAAUUAUAAGAUGUGAACAAAAUUGUCUUUUAUCUGUUUUAACUUUACCAGACAGCACAGUAGAACUUAGACAAAAUAUAUAAAUAAAUGUGUCAUAUUUCAGUUGCCCAAUAGACCAGCAAAAAUACUGAGUAUUUGACACUAGUGGACCAGAGGCUAACCUGGGAAUAAAACUAGUGGUUUUAUGCUUCAGAUCCGUUUUUAUUUUUGUUUUAUAGUCUUUAUUGUAAUAUUCAAACAUUUUAUCUUUUAUCUUUGUCUUUGAAUUAGUUCACAUGAGCCAAACAGCCGAGCUUAAGAGAAAAAAAAACAUAUUUUUAUUAAAAAGAUUGCAGGAACACCUUUCCCUGAGAGCUACACACAAAUACUUGAAACAAAGCCAAUGCAAAAACAGAGACAUGGUGUAUGAGAGAUGGGUUUUGUCUUUUGUUUACCAUUGUAGAGACGACUUAUAUUCUACUGUGGAUGUUUGGUUAUUAUUUUUUUUUUUUUUUUUGUAUUUUACUAUAAGGACUGGGUGGCAGUGUACUCACACUUUGGAAAUCUGAAUCAAAGAGAGAAUAAGAGUACUUUGUAUACACGUGAUUUUACAACUGACUGUUUAAGAAAGGUAUUUUCCUUUCUUAAAGAUGUAUAUGAUGUUUUUAAAAACUAGCACUGACUACUUUGUAUUACAUUGACAAAGAGACUGCCAUAGAAAUAACUGUAACAUGCUGGUUAAUAUUUAGUUCUGUUUGGUUAACAGGGAGUAUAAUUUUUCUUUAGAUUUUUGAUUAUUCCUUUAAAGAAAAGGACGUAAAUAUUAUUUUCAACAAUUUCAGAAUUGUUUUCUUGCUGUAUGCUUUAUUAUUAGCAUAUUCAUCUGACAGGAAUCUACGAGACAGUUUACUUUGAUGUUACAUGCAAAACUUGGUGUAGUCCUUUUAAUUUAAAUCUAGAAACUGUAAGAUUUUAAUCUUGUUGGCUGUCACCAAAUAAAACUUAAAAGGGCAUUACCUCGGACAAAGGAGGCAACUGUGUGCCACUCCCUCUUGUGUGAAUACAUACUGUAUUUUUCUGCUCCAAUGUGCCUGUACUUUUAUAUUAUCAGUUGAAUGUUUUAAAGUGUUUUAUGUACUGUAUCUAUAGAAAGGUUUACAAGUAUUUUGAGUCUCUUGUUUCUUUUUUUUUUUUACAAUCUACACUGUCUUUAAACUAAAUGCACAUGCAAAGAAAAAGAAAAAUUCAUGUAUCAUGUUCAAAUGACAAGUUCACUUUGAAAUGCAAGACUCUGCUAUGGUGCUCAAAAAGACACUUAAAGUGCUGCCAGGAGCCUGUUUCUUUUCUAUCUUUUUUUUUUUUUUUUUUUUUUUACUCUUCAGUGCCUGCUUUUUAAAGUUAUAAAAAAGGUGAUUGUUUACAUUCAUCAUGUUUCACUGACACUUCUGAAUCUGUUGUAUAUUUUGACUACAGUAAAAAAAAAAAUUGUAAACGCUCUUUUAAGACUUAUGUAUAUUUAGAACACAUACAGUAUAUAUUAACACAGUAUAAAGCUUGCUUGAAAUGUGUAAUGUUUUAACAUGACGUAGAGAAUAUUAACCAAUAGUUUGACAUUUUGUUUAGAUGUAAACAAUUUGCUUGUGUUAUGUAUAUGUAGAUUUUUGAAUAAGUUCUGAGAAGUUUUUGUUUGUUUGUUAUGCUGUAGUUUUGUUUUAUCUUAUCAGGAUCUCUAGAGGAUUUUGUUUCCUUUGUUUUUUAUGAUGUUUAUUUGUUUUUAAUGAAUCCAAAGUGCAAAAACAGUACUAAAGACCCGAUUCUUUACUGUUUUUAUACUACUUCAGACUUGUAGUGGAAAAACAUUGGUUCAUUUGUUUUUAAGUUUGUGUACUUCCUAUAGCAACCUACAGUAUACGUUUUAUUCAAUAAAAUGCAGUUUACUGCUAAAAACUGAAA